AUGUGGGACCCAACUCGAGCAGCCUGGCUCUACCCCCUUCGGGGCAUCUACUACUUUGCGAGACAUCGGUUCCUCUGGCCCUUGUUCAAGGCCCGACUUGUACCUAUCGUCCUCUUGUCGUCCUUCGUCUAUUUCCUCCUCUUUUUCUUCACCUAUCUGCCGCAGGUGGCAUUCCUUUCCAUCUUCCAAGGUGUGGGUGCAUGGGUGAACGGUGCAUUCCUCGUGCUGGGUGAGGGUGCGGCGAUUGUGGCUGCCUUGUUCGAGGCCUUCUUUGUGGAUGAAACUCUGGUCGAUAUCUUUGACUCGGUUCUGGUCAAUGAAGGACAAGAGGAGCUUGUGCUCGCCUCGCGAGUCAUCUAUCCGGAGGCCGGUGACCCAACUAGUCGUCUUGGUACCCCGACGACUAGCGCCGUGUAUUCUCCAUUUUCGUUCCGGCAGAUCAUCGAGUUCAUCGUGCUGCUACCACUCAAUUUCAUCCCGGUCGCUGGUACACCCAUGUUCCUGAUCUUGACAGGUUAUCGCGCUGGACCGUUCCAUCACUGGCGGUACUUCCAACUGUUGGAUUUCACCAAGCAGGAGCGCAAGGCAAGCGUCAGUCGGCGACAGCUACAAUACACUACGUUUGGAACGGUGGCUUUGAUCUUGCAGCUCAUCCCUCCAUUCUCCAUGUUCUUCUUGAUGACAACCGCCACUGGUGCCGCACUGUGGGCCUCAGAUCUCGAGCACAAGCGACAGGCGGCCAGUCAGCGGCCCACUAGAUUGGGUGAUGCGUAUCAUGAUGAUUUCACAGUAUAA